CUCUCUCUCUGUUCAUGUUUACAUGAUUCAUUGCAUCCAAUCUUAAUUGGCUGCUAAUCAGGAAGAUUCUCCGUGGUAUAGCAUGCCUUCUAGGCCCUGAAUAAAUUUCCCUUGCAAAAAAUUCCAUCCACGCCAAUAGCAGGCGAUUCAUAUCUCGGUUCCUUGGCUAGCUCUGGUUCCGGCGAUGCAGGGAAACCGAUUCUUCUGCAGCGUCUUUCUCCUGAUUCUGCUAGCUUUUCGACAUGGUAUAGCUCAUGGUGAUGGAGGUUUCGUGACAACCAACGGAACAGGCUUCGUCGUGAACGGGCGGCCGUUCUACGCGAAUGGCUUCAAUGCUUAUUGGUUAAUGGACAUGGCGUCCGAGCCGGCGGGAAGGAGUAAGGUGUCCUCUGCUUUCCAACAGGCCUCCAGCCAUGGGAUGACCGUGGUUAGGACUUGGGCUUUUAGCGAUGGCGGGCAUCAAGCCCUGCAGCGCUCUCCUGGCUCUUACGAUGACGAUAUGUUCGAGGGAUUAGACUUUGUGAUUUCUGAGGCCAGAAAGUACGGGGUCUAUCUGAUACUGAGUUUGGUCAAUAACCAUGAAGAUUAUGGGGGGAAGAAACAGUACGUGCAGUGGGCGAGGGACAUGGGCCAGGCUGCGGGUUCUGAUGAUGACUUCUUCUGGAAUGAUGUCGUCAAGACGUUCUACAGAAGCCACGUCAAGACAAUCCUCACUAGGAACAACACAAUGACAGGAAUAGUGUACAGGGAUGAUCCAACCAUCUUCGCAUGGGAACUCAUGAACGAGCCCCGGUGCCAAAGUGAUCUCUCUGGCAGAAUCCUACAGGCUUGGAUUACCGAGAUGGCUGCUUACGUCAAGUCCAUAGACAGCCGACACCUGCUUGAAGUCGGAACUGAAGGGUUCUAUGGAGAUUCGAUUUCUGAAAGGAAGCAAUUCAACCCUGGGGGUUACGAGGCUGGUACAGAUUUCAUCGCCAACAAUGAGAUCCCCGAGAUUGAUUUCGCCACCAUUCAUGCGUACCCUGAUCAGUGGAUCCCAGGAUCAAGCGAGCUAGCUCAGCUGGUUUUCCUCCAGCGUUGGAUGCAAUCCCACAUUGGAGAUGCAGAUGCAGUUCUGAGGAAACCAUUAGUCAUUACGGAGUUCGGCAAGUCCUCCAGGCUUUCAGGCUACACCGUUUGCAAGAGAGACGCCAUGUAUCGGACUGUGUACAGCGCAAUCCAUGCAUCAGCCAGCAGCGGCGGCCCCUGCAGAGGUGGCCUAUUCUGGCAGCUGCUGGCUCAGGGGAUGGAUGGCUUCAGAGAUGGCUACGAGAUCAUAUUUUCUGAAUCCCCACUGAUCGAAAAUAUCAUUUCUCGGCACUCCCGUAGGAUCUCAAGCCUAAUAAACACACCAUAUAUCAAAGACGGGAAUAUUUCAUUCAGAAACGACAGCAAGGGAGCUGUUAGUAGCAGCAAAUGAGCAGACCACGUGAGAAACUUCUGCCUCCCUUUUUUUUUUUUUAAGGUGUACAUGUGAGAAACCAGUCCUCGCUGACUGCAAGGAUAGAGAGUUUAGAGAUUUGUUGCCUGCUCUAAGCAUUUGAAUCAGUUGCUCUGGGACUGAGCAUCACAUUCUACUAUGCAAGGAUCAGGUUAGGGUUCACUUUUAUUUUUUUAUUUCGUUUAUUUAUCAAAUCUUUUUGAUCUUGACAUCGGAAAUAAUAUAUUAUUGAGGGUAUACCUAUUCCGAUGUUUUUUUUUUUCGAGUGUAAAUGAGGGAGGUGUAAGCUUCCACGAAUUUAUUGUUCGGAAUAAAAGAAGGAUUACAGGGGUGCUGUGAGAAAAUAAGGAGGGAAAGUAUAAGCUUCCUUCCUCGUGUACCUAUUGCGAUGACGUUGAAUCUAUUAUUUUUGCUUGGUAUUAAUGUAUCCAAAUUCCAUUUAAAACUAAAAUAGUUUUUAGCUCCCUUGACCAUUUGCAUGAUUUCUCUGAUGCAAUCCAUCUUUAUUUUCUUUUUGGUGGAAGACGCAGUCCAACUAAACCUUAUCAAAAACAGUCUCUCUCAUAUUUCCCUAUGUUUCUAACUUCCAUAAUCAAAUAAUUCGAGAUAACAUAGACUUUACAAAUUAUGAUACUUAUGUAACAACAAUUGCAUCACAUAUACGUAUGCAGAUUUAAUUGUGUUUCCAUUGCAUAUGUUCUGGGCAGAGAUAAUAAUAAUGCAAAAAA